AUGGACAUAUCUGCUCUGCCCAACAGCAACCACCCAGAGAAGUUUCUCCAGCUGGACGUGAGGAUACUCCCCGUCACACAUGGCAUGUUCCAGGUUGGAGCAGCCAUUUCCAGUCAGAGACACUGGCAGAACAGGGUCUACUCUGAGUGGGAGCGCAAGGUGAAGCCAGACAGCAGGUCUCCUCCGUCCCCAGAGGGCGUGGUGUUUGUUGACAGAUACCUGGAGAAGCACAUCACCCCAGUCACGCUAAAGUCCAACAUUAAACGGAACCCUCUGUACGCGGACUUAAGGUCCACGGACACGGCAGACAAUGACAAGUUCAAGCCCUCGUGGACCGUCAAGGAGUACGACACGCAAACCAUCCAUGGCAACCUGGGCAGUUAUUUGAAGGAAGAGAAGACUCCUAAAGACAUGGACUUUUGGCUGGAGGAACUCUACACACCAGGAUUUGACUCCUUACUGAAAAAGAAAGAAGCCGAGGAGAAAAGAAAGAAAGUGUGUAAAAUAGUGUCGUUGCUGCUCGUGUGUGUUUGUGCGACUCUGCUCGUUAUUAUUCUGCCUGUCGUGCUUCUGCGAAGGAAAACCUGACACAGAGGA